GGCCCCGACUGGGUGUGGUAAGAGAUGAAUAACGAUGGAAGAGGCUGUCUUGUGCAUCCAAUAUCUUUGGCUUCUUAAGGCUUAGAAUAAGUAUGACAAUAUGCAGAGAAUUUCCAGCAGUAAUGAAGUGGUUAAUAUUGUCUUGUAAUCGGAUCGGUGGUGCAGUUUCUGCUCUGGAUCUGGGUGGCGUGAUCUCACGACUGGAUAUCUAACUGGACUGAGGUUAUUUGGCAAGAAGCCCACUAACAGCAGAAUGAGAAUCUUUCCUCGUGUUCUAAUUUGUUUGAACAUUAAUGUGAUGCACUUACAUUGACAAGGAAAUUGGACAUUUAAAUUGCUGUUGUACCUUGCUACUGCAUGAAUGGGAAAGAAAUCGAGAUGCAAACGCAGUCGGGGGAAACAGCUUUGCAGUAAUUUUUGAAGCUUUUGCACAGGUGUUAGAAUACUGUUGGCAGUUCUGAGCUGACCCUGACUUUGGAGCAAGAAUAUGUUAGUAUGAUUUUCAUGAAACACAUCCUUGGAAUAGAGAAUGAUCCAUCGUUACUUCUCUCAGGAUUCACGUCUUAUAUCUACUUCAAGUGACAGAGUGAUCGUAUUUUGAUGACAUGGCAUUGUGGAAGUAGAAUGGAUGAUCUAGCCUUGCUGGACCUGCUGGAAUGCCCUGUAUGCUUUGAAAGGCUAGAUGCUACUGCCAAAGUAUUGCCAUGCCAGCACACAUUUUGUAAACCAUGUCUCCAGAGAAUAUUUAAUGCCAGGAAGGAACUCCGAUGCCCAGAAUGCAGGACUCCAGUUACAUGCAGCAUUGAAGAGCUGCCAGUUAACUUGUUACUGGUUCGCCUGCUGGAUGGCAUUAAGUAUGGGCAAAGCAAUGUCAGGAUCACUCCUGAUCGAUUGCCUCAGACGCCCUCAAAUCAGGAACAUGGACAAAGAAGCACAGAUACAAGAGGUUUGCAAGCUAGUCUGGUGAACGCAGCCAAGAGCCCCAUAGAGAAGGUGCCAUGUGCGAGAGCGUUGUACACGUAUGGAGGCCAGAAGCCAGGAGACCUCAGCUUUAAAAAGGGUGACGUCAUCCUUCUCCGUAGGCAAGUGGAUGAGAAUUGGUAUUAUGGGGAAAUCAAUGGAGUUUGUGGAAUUUUCCCUCUCAAUUUUGUUCAGGUUAUCCAUCAUUUGCCUCAGCCUCCACCUCUCUGCAAAGCUCUUUUUGACUUCAGUCUGAAAGAAAAAGACAAGGAAGCUAACAAGGACCUGCUGCCAUUCCUCAAGAAUGAUAUCCUAAAAGUGAUCCGGAGAGUUGAUGAAAACUGGGUGGAGGGAAAACUCGGAGAUAAAGUAGGAAUAUUCCCCAUUUCAUUUGUUGAGAUGAACUCAACAGCAAAACAGUUAUUAGCCAUCAAAAGGCCAGAUGGGAAAGAUGGCAAAUGCCAAGGCAGUGUGGCAGUGGCUAAUUCGAGCACAGCGAUCAAACGCACAGAGACCGGGAAAGUGGCUGCUAAAGAGACUCGCCACACAAGUGCAAUGAAUAUACUAAACAGAAUCUCCCACCCAUCUCCAUCCACCCAGCCCUUGCAGAUCAGUUCGCCAGUGCUGAUUAGCUCCAGUAACCCAGCUGUUGUGGCCCAGAUUGCAGAAAGAAGGACUCCAUCCAGUCCCACCAGCAAGAUAAAGCAUAAUCCUUCUGAAGCUGGUGUGGCCAGUUCAGGUAUUAUUGAUGCCAAAUCAUCGUUUAACACUGAAAUUCUACGUACAAAACCCCAAGUACCUGUUAGAUCUGAAGAACAGAGUGGGGACAUGUUUCCAGUUUAUGGGAUGUCAUCAGAAGGCUGGAUCAGAGGGAUGUCGAUGCAAGUAAAUAAAGCUGAGAGCCUGCCUUGCAGUUACAAUGAAUCUAGUAGGAGGAAUACUUGCAGACUCCCAGAUCAGAGAGGUUCGGAUGGUCUGUUGGCAUCGGCAAACGCUCAAGAAAAAGGAACUGCAAGUGAGGCCAGUUUAAACCAGCAGGCAAGCCCCAGCAGCAGGCAAGUUGCUGUGACAUCACCACCUGUUCCGUCAGGGGCGACAAUAGCAAGACAUAUCCCUGGGUCUAGUUACAGGGUUAAUGUACAUCGACCAAUAGUUGCAGUUCCCCCAGUACAGUCUCAAAGCACAAGUAGCCGAUGUGUUCCAGCUGUUGUCAUUCAAGCCCAACCCUUUGCAUCUCAUCAGUUUCUGCACCCAGUCACUAUCCAUGCUGCCCAUUGCCACGGCCUUCUUGGAGCAGGCAGAUCUAACCUGUCCAACAGGCCCAUUGCCAACACUGCUCCUAUAAUAUGUCACAACAGAAAACCAUCAGCAAUGCAAGAUGAUGAAGCUUCAAAUUGUACAACUGUGGACCAGGGAUGUGUACCAAUGUCAGAUCCUACACCAUCGCACUGCAAGGCUGAGGACAGAAGUCGUGUGCACAAGACCCAGCCCAGUCUCGGAACGUUUCCACCUCACUGUGCUGCAUCUUCUACAAGGCCUAAGUUCCAGCUCACCUCAGUGUGCAGCCCAACUCCAAUCUCGUUCAAGCCAGAACAGGCCACUGCACAAUCAGUUUUACAGGAAACCAGUAGUCCUCCUGUCCCUGUUGUCUCUCACAUUAGGGCUGGGUCAUGCCCAAUAGGGAGUGAUGAGGAGGUUCAGACAGCCCACAGAAAAACAGGCUCCUGGGAUUCAUGUUAUCGCUGCAUCCCUCCAUCACCGGUGCAUAGCCCUGUUUCUGAAGGAUGUCCGAAGACCUUGCAAAAUCGUUCAAUGUGCUUUAAUAGAUGUCGGGCAGUCCUUUCGUAUCCAGCUCAAGGUGAUGCUGAGCUUGGCCUGGAGCAAGGUGACAUUGUAUUGGUGCACAGGAAACACCAGGAUGGCUGGUUCCAGGGAACGCACACAGAAAGUGGGAAGACUGGCCUUUUUCCAGGAAGCUUUGUUGAAAGCUUACAGUGAGACUGAAAUCUGAAAUUAGAUUGAAGAUGUGAAAUGGCAAAUACUUCCCAAUAACCAUUGUCCUGUGAACACUGUGUGUAAUAUUCCAUCUGUGGUGAUGUUAUCAAUAUGAGAUUUUGCCCAUACUACAGUUAAAAAAUGGUUAAUAAUCUGAAGCAUUUCUACAUUUGUAGGCAGCUUGGAAGUGAAACAACCUGAUUUUUUUUCCAAUUAUGCACGGAAUAUUAUCACAAGGAACUCUCCCACCCACACUGCCUCUCAAAUAGUGCCCUUUCAAUCAGAAUAUGCCAAUUCCUAGUGAGUUCAGCUAAAUAUAUUGGAGAGCACAUACUAAUCCAGUCAGAUGGUUUAUCUGUAUGUAGCAGGACAAAGCCAGACAGUAAAAUAAUCCUCUUUAUAAGAUUCAGUCUGGAAGACAUGUAUUAAAUACGAGUCAGCUAAAAGCAAGUUAUAAAGAUCUAUCCAGAUAGAAUAAGCUUGUGAUGUUGUGUUGGACUGUUAUCAAAAAGGGUAUGAUACAGCUGUGAUCACAGGAGACGGGCUGGGAGUGACAUCGAUGACAAUGUUUUUAGAAGAAAUGUAGUCUUUGGCUUUGGUUUUACAAUGUUUAAUUUUGGUCACUUUUCAUUUGCACUAUUUUUGGUAAUGUUCCAUCAAAGAAAGGUUACACUAAAUAUAUUAACUUUACCUGACUGAUUGGAUUGACCAUUUCAUUCUGAAUGGAUGGGAAUCCCAUGAGAUUAUUAUCUCCAUUGCUUUGGAAGAAGCUCAGAAAUGAUCAUCCAAGGUCAUUAAAGUAAAAUUAGCACUUGAAAAAUGGAUCGUAGGCAUUUUUGAUAUUAAAAUAAAUGAUCAUUUUAAAUUGCAUUAAUCAGAUAGGUUGAUAGGGGACAAUUACACAGGCUGAAAAUAUAAAGAUUAAUCGUAUUUAAUUUUAAUUUGGUAGAAAUGAUGUGUGGGAUUUCUUUUUCUAAUUUCCUCUGCCCUGUUUUAUAGCCUUUCAAUCCCAGUUGGGAUGAAUGUUUAUAUUUCUCACUGCAUUCUAAUGAUACUCAGAUGAUAGAAGUUAUGUCAUCCAUUGUACUUUCCACUAUUUGUGUCACAACUGUGUUUGAUGUUACGUAUGUCUGAAAAAUUCUGGGAGUGAAUUGGUUAUGGGGAUGUGGGAGAGUACUUCGCACUUUCAAACCUGUGCAAUUUUUCUCAGAUUGAACAAAUGCAUAAGUGCCAGCUUUGAAACUAAAAUGCGAUCUCUUGCUGACAGCAAAUCGAUCCUGGCUGACAAACUGAUCUAAACCAACCAUGCAAUUUACAUGCUGUGGCUUCCCUCCUCCCUCUUUCAGGUAGCCACCAGUAAUGCAACCAGAGUCUUGUGAACAAACAUCAGGUUUGGAGACAAGUGGAUGUGGGAAUCUCUGGUGUUCAUUAUCAGUCCUCAGGAUGGGCUUAGAAGAUGGUGUUGGGCUGACUUCUUGAACCUCUGCAAUCCUUGUGAUGAAAAUGCUCUAAAAUGGUGUUAAGCAGAGAAUUCAUAGAUAUUGGUCCAGUGACAAUGAACAAACAAUAUAUGUCUGAGCUCAGAAUGGUGUUGGCUGGAAGGUAAUUGUGUUCCCUCAACACUAUUUUCCUUGUUCUUCAUGGUAGUAAAGGCUUGUAGGGGUGCUGAGAUGUUAGCAACUUGGUAAAUUGGCAGAGUUCAUGCUGUAGAUAGUACAUGCUGUAUCCAAAGUUAGGUAGCAGGGAGGGGUUGGAAAUUGUGUCCAGCAAUGUAGGCAGUGAUCAAUGUUGUUGAGGUUAGACCGAUUCUGGUGGUGGUGAACAUAUAGAAAUUAGAAGCAGGUCCAUCUUUCCAACCCCAUACAGUUGUGAAACUUUCUAGAUCAUAUGUUAAACACUUCCCAACCCGUUGGCUUCAACCCCAUAUGAGACAGAGAUGCUUUGGAGAAAUUAGACAUGAGCCGUGCGGUACUGAGAACAUCUUCCUAUUUCUAUAGCAAUGCAAAUAAAUACCAGGCAUGCCCCAAGUUUGAUUUGAAAUUUGGAGGAACCUUUGUGGAAUAAAAAGCCAGCUAAAACUGUUCUCGUCUCAAAGAAUGGACUUCAGAAAGUAGUUGUAUAAAGACCCGAUUUGAAAAAGGAUGGAGACUGUGAGAAUAUGUAAAGCAAAAGAUGUGUGAAAGUCUUGUGGAGCACGUUAUUUCUACUUCAUCAGGACCAUGAUAAGGAGGCCAGUUCGUCAACAAUGGUAGAUCACUGGUAGGGAGUUUUGUUCUGUUUAUGUUGGUGGAAGAGGAAAACUUUAUGGAAACCUUUUUUUGAAGAUUGAAUGGUUGGGGUAAGUGAAUGGAUUUAAAAUAGUAGGGGUUAUUUGACCUUUCAUCUCUGAGCUUUACAAUUUUUUUAUACAAGAAAAUUGGGUGACUUGUUUAUCUGCUGGUGAUAAAAGCAAAAAAGUGCAUCCAAAGUGAUGAGAGAAUGAGUUUCAUUGAUUGUUUUAAUUUCUCUCAUUCUGUGCUUUCUUAUUGUUCAUAGUGUAGAAACAGGCUGUUUGGCCCAACAAGUCCACACUGACCCUCCGAAGAGUAACCCACCCAGACCCAUUCCCCUACCCUAUUACUUUAUAUUUACUCCUGACUAAUGCAUCUAACUGACAUAUCCCUGAGCACUAUGGAUACUUUAGCGUGGCUAAUUCACCUAAACUGCACAUCUUUGGACUGUGGGAGGAAACCCACACAAACACAAGGAGAAUGUGCAAACUCCACACAAACAGUCAUCUGAGGCUGGGAUCGAACCCGGGUCCCUAGUGCUGUGAGGCCACCGUGCCACCCUAGCUGCUGUGCUGUCCUGUUAUGUUAUGACAGAAUAUUCCAGUGAGGAUUGGGACUUUAAAAUAAGAGAGUGUCACAGAGAGGAAGCUUUGAUGGGUUGUGUAUACUUCUUUUCCCAUAUUAAGUUCUGUUAAUAUGUAAAAUGAUGGAUAUGCAGUCUGAUCACAGCAUUACCGCUUAUUGAAGACUGAGACUUUUGUGGUUGAUGAAUAAUUACUUUCUAAUAACAUUUCAGUCUGGUCACUUAAAGGAAGCGGAUUGUUCCCAUAUAUUUUUGCCCUGACUAAAGCUUUUAAAAAUGUCAGUGUAAUGGUGAUCUUUUCUUUCACCAUAAAAAGUAAGUACAGUGCUUGAUACAAAAGAAACUUUGUAACAAUUUGAAGUAGAAAUUGGGUCUAAUCCAAAUUGGCACACUGAAUAAAGGAGUGAGCUGCAGAAUAUGAAAAAUCAGGAAUGUUUGACAGAGAUACUAUGAGGAACGUGUAACCGUUGUGAACAAAAUGUAGAUGAAUGCUUUGGAAAUCUGUAAUCACUUCCCAUUGUUGGAGUUUUGAAGCAGCAGGGUCUGAAACACCCUCCACUAUGGAUUGUGAAGACCUAACCUCUGUCUAAAGUUAUAUUAUCGGCCUCGUUAAUAUUAUUUGAUUAAGCUCUUGAGGCCUCUCACACCAUCACAGGUGGCAUGCAUCGUUUAAUAGUGACUGGAAGGCAGAUCUAGAGAGUAUUGUGGAACUGCAAAGACUUUGGCUUUGUAACAUUAUUUUUAAUUAGUUUGUUUAAGAAUAACAGCCACUGAGAAGAGUCUUCCCUGCUCCUCUUCCAUUCACCCAUUGCCUAAUUUCACAAGGGGAGCCUCAAGUAAAUAUUAAGCUCUAUGUUUAUGAAUGUAAAAGGCUUCAGUGACUGCAUCAGGCAUAUGAAAUGUGUUCCAACCUAAUAAUUCAACAUCUGCUCAUUUCACGUGAGAGAUGUUAAAGGGGAAGUUCUUAUCGGAGAAUUGUCAGUCUUUGGAAUUAUCUCCCAUGGAGAGCAGAGGAGGCAGGGCCGUUAAUGCCGGGCUGGGUUAGACAAAUGUUUGAUAUACAAGGGAGUCAAAGCUGUUGGAGGACAGGCAAUAAUAAAGGCCACAUGCGCCUGGCCAAGCUGUUCAUCAUAUUGAGGAUACGCUCCUCGUGUGGCUCAAUACCACAAUGCUUACUUCAGAAACUUGUAGCAACUGAAAAUUGGCCAUUAGACCAUAACCUCAUGGUCCAAUAUAUUCACUUGCUCUAUCAUUACCAUCAAAUUGGGAGAUCAACCCCAGCUCAAAAGUGCAGGAGAACAUGUCAGGAGCAGCACCAGCCUAUCUAAAGAUAAGGUGUCAACCUAGUGAAACUACAACACAGGAGUACUUGCAAAUCAAACAAUGAAAGGAGUAUGCAAUAGAAAAGGCUAAGCGAUUCCAUGACCAAUGUAUUAGAUCUUAGCUCCACAGUCCUGCCAUACGCAGUCCUGAAUGGUGGUGAAAACUAAGCAAUGAACAGGAGCAGGAGGAGACAGGAGCAGAAGUUGCUGGAAAAGCUCAGCAGGUCUGGCAGCAUCUAUGAAGAGAAAUCAGAGUUAACAUUUAGGGUCCGGUGACCCUUGCUCAGAACCGAACCUGAAACAUCAAUUUUGAUUUCUCUUCACAGAUGCUGCCACACCUGCUGAGGCUUUUCCAUUAACUUCUGUUUUCAUUUCUGAUUUACAGCAUCUACAGUUUGUUCAGUUUUUAACAGGAGGAGGAGACUUGACAGAUAUUCCCAUUUUCAACAGUGGGGCAUCCCAGCACGUUAGUACAAGAGUCAAGGCUGAAUUAUUUGUAUCCACCUUUAGCCAGCAGUGUUGAGAGGAUGAUCCCCCUGAGCGUCCACCUGAGAGCCUCAGCAUUACAGAAACCAGUCUUCAAUCAAUUUAAUUCACUUCCCAUUCACAGGCAUACAAGUGUAUGGCCUGAGUGCUGGAAAAUAGGAUGAGAAUUGUUUAAGUUAUUGUUUUGGACUGGUACAGAUUUGAUGGGCCAAAGAGCCUUUUCUGUGCUGUAGUCCUCUAUGACCCUGUGGCAUUGGCUAUGGGCAAAAAUUAUGGGCCUGACAACAUUCCAGCAAUAGUACUGAAGACCUGUGCACAAAAUCUGCUGCAUUCCCAGUUAAAUUGUUUCACUACAGUUACAGUACUGACAUCCGUCUAUCAAUUUGAAAACAUACCCACGGAAGCCAGUCCAUAAAAAGCAGGACAAAUUCUGCCCUUUCGGUCUUGAUCUUCAGCAAAAUAAUAGAAGAGAUCAUUGACAGUGCUAUUAAGUGGCACUAGCAAGGGAAUAACUAGUCACUGAUAUUGAAACGCAUAAGAGCAGAUAAAUUCCCAGGAUCAGGUGUACCCUAGAGAUCUGUGGGAAUCUAGGGAAGUGAUUGCUGGGCCACUUGCUGAAAUAUUUGUAUCAUUGAUAGUCACAGGUGAGGAGCUGGAAGACUGGAGGUUGGCUAAUGUGGUGCCACUAUUUAAGAAACGUGCUAAGGACAAGCCAGGGAACUAUAGACCAGUGAGCCUGACCUCGGUGUGGGCAAGUUAUUGGAGGGAAUCCCGGGGGACAGGGUGUACAUGUAUUUGAAAAGGCAAGGACUGAUUAGGGAUAGUCAACAUGGCUUUGUGCGUGGGAAAUCAUGUCUCACAAAUUUGAUUGAGUUUUUUUGAAAGAGUAACGAAGAGGACCGAUGAGGGCAGAGCGGUAGACAUGAUUUCCGUUGACUUCAGUAAGACAUUUGACAAGGUUCCCCAUGGUUAACAAGGUUAGAUCUCAUGGAAUACAGGGAGAACUAGCCCCGUGGUACAGAACUGCUUCAAAGGUAGAAGGUAGAGGGUGGUGAUGGAGGGUUGUUUUUCAGACUGGAGGCAUGUGACCAGUGGAGUGCCACAAGGAUUGGUGCUGAGUGCACUUCUUUUCAUCAUUUAUAUAAAUGAUUUGGAUGUGAGCAUAGGAGGUAUAGUUAGUAAGAUUGCAGAUGAUGCCAAAAUUGGAGGUGUAGUGGACAGCGAAGAAGGCUACCUCAGAUUACAAUGGGAUCUUGAUCAGAUGGGCCAAUGGGCUGAGAAGUGGCAGAUGGAGAUUAAUUUGUAUAAAUGUGAAGUGCUGCAUUUUGGGAAAGCAAAUCUUAGCAGGACUUAUACACUUAAUGGUAGGGUCCGAGGGAGUGUUGCUGAACAAAGAGACCUUGGAAUGCAGGUUCAUAGCUCCUUGAAAGUGGAGAAGGCGUUUAGUAUGCUUUCCUUUAUUGAUCAGAGGAUUGAGUACAGGAGUAGGGAGGUCAUGUUGUGGCUGUACAGGACAUUGGUUAGGCCACUGUUGAAAUAUUGCAUGCAAUUCUGGUCUCCUUCCUGUCAGAAGGGUAUUGUGAAACUUGAAAGCGUUCAGAAAAGAUUUACGAGGAUGUUGCUAGGGUUGGAGGAUUUGAGUUAUAGGUAGUGGUUGAAUAGGCUGGGGCUGUUUUCCAUGGAGUGGCGGAGGCUGAAGGGUGACCUUACGUAGGUUUGUAAAAUCAUGAGGGGCAUGGAAAGGAUAAAUAGACAAAGUAUUUUCCCUGUAUUGGGGAAGGCCAGACUAGAGGGCAUAGGUUUAGGGUGAGAGGGGAAAGAUAUAAGAGUCCUACUGGGCAACGUUUUCACACAGAGGGUGGUACAUGUAUGGAAUGAGCUGCCAGAGGAAGUGGUGGAGGCUGGUACAAUUGCAACAUUUAAAAGGCAUCUGGAUUGGUAUAUGAAUAUGAAGGGUUUGGAGGAAUGUGGGCCGGGUGCUGGCAGGUGGGACUAGAUUAGGUUGGGAUAUCUGGUCACUGUGGACGAAUUGGACUGAAGGGUCUGUUUCCGUGCUCUGCAUCUCUCUGACUCUAUAAGACCAUAAGACAUAGGAGUGGAAGUAAGGCCAUUCGGCCCAUCGAGUCCACUCUGCCAUUCAAUCAUGGCUGAUGGGCAUUUCAACUCCACUUACCAGCGUUCUCCCUGUAGCCCUUAAUUCCUCGAGACAACAAGAAUCUAUCAAUCUCGGCCUUGAAGACAUUAAGCAUCCCGGCCUCCACUGCACUCUGCGGCAAUGAAUUCCACAGGCCCACCACCCUCUGGCUGAAGAAAUGUCUCUGCAUUUCUGCUCUGAAUUGACUCCCUCUAAUUCUAAGGCUGUGUCCACGGGUCCUAGUCUCCUCGCCUAAUGGAAACAAUUGUCUAGCGUCCACCCUUUCCAAGCCAUGUAUUAUCUUGUACGUCUCUAUUAAGUCUCCCCUAAAUCUUCUAAACUCCAAUGAAUAUAAUCCCAGGAUCCUCAGCCGUUCCUCAUAUGUUAGACCUGCCAUUCCAGGGAUCAUCCGUGUGAAUCUCCGCUGGACACGUUCCAGUGCCAGUAUGUCCUUCCUGAGGUGUGGGGACCAAAACUGGACGCAGUACUCCAAAUGGGGCCUAACCAGAGCUUUAUAAAGUCUCAGUAGCACAUCUCUGCUUUUAUAUUCCAACCCUCUUGAGAUAAGAGACAACAUUGCAUUCGCUUUCUUAAUCACGGUCUCAACCUGCAUGUUUACCUUUAGAGAAUCCUCGACUAGCACUCCCAGAUCCCUUUGUAUUUUGGCUUUACUAAUUUUCUCACCAUUUAGAAAGUAGUCUAUGCUUUUAUUCUUUUUGCCAAAGUGUAAGACUCUAGUCUGGGUUUUGCCAGUGCCAUCUGUGACUUGAUCAUUACAGCCUUGGUCCAAACAUGGACAAAAACAUUGAACUCUCGAGGUGAGGUGAGAGUGUCACACUGAUAUCAAGACCGCACUUGAUUGAACUUGCCAGGGGCACUAGCAAAUCUACGGUCAGUAGGAAUCAGUGAAAACACUCCAUGCUGAUUAGAAUCACACCCAAAAUGAGGAUGGUUGGGGCUGUUGGAUGACAAUCAUCUCAGUAGGCUCCUUCUAUCUUCAGCUACAUUCUCAAUGAGCUUCCCUCCAUUAUAACUUCAGAAAUGGGAAUUUCACUGAUAAUUGCAUAACGUUCAGGACUGUUCAUGACUCCUCCAGAUACCGAACCAGUCCAUAACCAUUUCCUGGACAGCAUCUAUGCUUGACCUGAUAAUUGUCAAGUAACGUUUCUGCCUCACGUGCUAGCUAAUGAAAGAAUCUAACCAUUUCCCCAUAAUAUCCAAUUCAUUACCUAAAUCACCUACUACCAGCAUCCUGGAAUUAGCAUUAACAAGAAACUGAGCUGAACCAGCCAUAUAAGUAUCAUGCCCAAAACAGCAGGUCAGAGGCUAGGAAUGUUGUGGUGAAGAACUCAAUUAGCAUUCCCCCAAUGUCUAUAAAUCACCUACAAGGCACCAGUCAGGAUUCUGAUGGAAUACUCUUCAUUUGCCUGGAUGGAUAAGGCUUCAAUAACAACCAAGAAAAUCCACACCCUCCACAAUAAAAGCAAACUGCUUGAAUCACAAAUUACACCUCACCAUUGACACACAGUGGCAACAGUAAAUCUCAUCUGAAAGAUGCCCCAUAGUAACUCACCAAUGUUUCUUUUAGACCACCUUCCAAACCCAUGGCCUCUACCAUCUACAAGGACAAAUGAACCAGAUGUGGGGGACCUCUACCUGUCUGCAAUAUCCUCUUCAAGUCACACAACAUCCUGACUUAGAACUGUAUUACCUUUCCUUUACUGUCACUGAGCAAAAUUCUGAAACACACUCCCUAACAGCCCUGUGGGUGUCCUUCCAGCCCCAUGACUGCAGCAGUUCAAUAAGGAAGCUCAUCACUACCUUCCAAAUGCUUCUAGGGAUGACCAAGAAAUGCUGGCCUAACAAAUAUUGUCCAUUUCCCACAAAAAAAUCAAACCAAUCAGGUUACCAUGAUAGUGAUGUAGUAGGUCUGAAGGACCAAGUUGCGUAUUUUUAUUCUGAUUAUGACCUUGAUCAGGCAUUCAUAAGUUUUCACCCCACAGUGCUCAGUCUAUGUAAAAACUGGAUAAAAUCCAUUUCUUUACAAUACUUUGAUUAUGUUGCCAUGAACUAAGCCAAUUGCAAUGCUGCGACAGCUGCUCCAACUGAAACCUAACAAAUUAGUCUGAAUUUAACAGCAAAUGUUUAGAUUUGGGGUCAGAAGAGAGAUGGUGUUAAAUAUUGGGCAUGAGGUCACACUUAUAUGUUUCCGCUUUAGAUAUCAUUAUUGAUUAUUACUUUGUGAACAAGUCAAAUUUGACAAGAAAGUAAUUGGUCAUUCGUGUCAAUCAACUUUGUUUCUUUCUGAUAAUUUUCAGUUCUACAUUGCAAACUUGAGGACACAUUUACUUAAGAGAAGAAAACAUUAAUGUUGGUUAUAUGAGUGACUGAGAUGGAGUAUGUAUCAAAUUCUUGAAUUUGACUUUAAAGCUGGGAACAGAAAGCCCAAGGGAUUUUGUCCUAACUUCUGCAACUUAUAAUUGAAUCAGGUGCUCUGAUGCAGACCAUGAAAUGGAUCUGUGUUACUGCCAUUACAAGUGUAAACUUGUUCCCUGCUUGAAUGAAUCUUUGCUGUUAUAAUGCAGAGAUCAAACUCUUACCAUAAGACUCGUGCCCAGAAUUUGCAACAAUGAGCUUAAUCUGAUACGGUGACUGAUAAGGUGACUGUAGAUAAAUUGCAGUACAUACUAGUGCUAGUUACUCACCACUUCCCUUUCAUUUAAAAUAACAUUCGCACAAUGUUCUACCAUAUCAAUAUUUUUGCUACGCAAAUGGAUAUUUUUAUUGGGUUGAUUCCACAUGAUUAUUAGUACCACAUAACUUCUAGAUGACUGCAUUCAUAUAAAAAGCUAAUUACAUUGGAACCUGUCCAAGUCUAUUGUUCAGAAACACUAGUUGCCGAGACGGGUUUUCUUUUGAGUGAGUAGACCUGAACAAUUCACCAAAUUGCCAUUUGAUGUUUUGGGACCUGCAACAAAUCGAGAAGGCAUAAUAAAGAAAGAGAAUUGGUACUUGGAUAAGUAAAAUCACUUUUACUACUUUUUCAUUUUGGUAUGGGAUGUAGGCGUCACUGAAAAGGCCAGAAUUUGUUGCGCAUUCCGAGUUGCCCUUGACCUGAAUGGUUAUCUAGGCCAUUUCACAGAGUAGUUUAGAAUCAAGCACAUUGCUGUGGAUCUGGAGUCACAUGUAAGGCAGACAGGUAAGGAUAAGAGUGGUGCUGGAAAAGCUCAGCAGGUCAGGUAGCAUCCGAGGAGCAGGAAAAUCGAUGU